CCCUCAGAGACAGCAGAGCACACGAGCUUCUAGGACAGAAGCCAGCGAGAAACCACAGGAAGGAAUCAUCUCACUUGGUGUAAACAUGACUCCCAAGCUGGUCGUGGCUCUUUUGGCAGCCUUCGUGCUCUCUGCAGCUCUGUGUGAAGCUGCAGUUCUUGCAAGGAUGGGCACAGAACUUCGAUGCCAAUGCAUAAAGACGCACUCCACGCCUUUCCACCCGAAAUUUAUCACAGAGCUGAGAGUGAUUGAGAGUGGACCACACUGUGAAAAUUCAGAAAUCAUUGUCAAGCUUGUCGAUGGAAGAGAACUCUGUCUGGACCCCCAGGAAAAGUGGGUGCAGAAGGUGGUGCAGAUAUUUUUGAAGAGGGCUGAGAAGCAAGAAUCAUGAAAAAAAAACAUGCAUUCUCCAUACUAUCCAAGAAUUCCUCAGUAAUGAUGCCAAUGAAACUUCAAACAAAUCUACUUCAGCACUUCAUGUAUUGUGCGGGUCUAUCGCAGGGUUGCCAGAUAAAAUACAAGAUGCCUGAUUAAAUUUGAAUUGCAGUAAAACAAUGAAUAGUUUUUCCAUUGUACCAUGCAAAAAUAUUGGACAAACAAAUUUAAAACA